AUGUGGCCUAGUGGUAAGGCACCUGGUUUGGGACCAGGGGAUCGCGAGUUCAAAUCUCGCCCCAACAAGUCGGAAACGGAAAAGAAAAAAGCCGAAGCCAAAAUGCAGGAAAUCAAUGAGGCUCAUAGUUUUCUAUCUGAUGAAAAAAAGAGAAGACUUUACGAACAGUAUGAAAGUAUUGAAAUGAUAGAUAUGGAAAAAAGGAGAAUGGACCUUGCCGAAGUUGUGGAAGCAUCCAUAACGAAAAUACUACUGGUGGAAAAAGAUGAGUUUAUUGAAGAAGUGAAAAGUUCAGGCUCUUUUUAUAACCCCCGUGACCUUGAUGACUUUAAUGGACACCUCAAAAGAACUCUCAAAAAGGCUGAAAUGCUUAAUGAAAGAAAGAAAAAUCUCAUUGACCAAGAAAGGAAUAAUUUUCUCCAACAAUUAAAAAAUUUGACUGGUUGGAACCUGCUUGGUGAGGAACGUCAAAACGAGAUUAUUGAGGAAAUGAAAAGAAAUAAAACUACCGACCAAUUUUCGGACGUUCUGGAAAUGACGAAAAAAGAAAUAGCAAAAAUAAAGGGUGGUAAUGAAAAUGAUACAAAUUAUCUGAAAACGGCUGCUAAUUCGAAUGAAUUACAAAGUCGCAAAAGAGAAAUAUUAGAUGUCAUUCGUGCUACCCGCCGGCAAAAAGUCUUAAGUGAGGCUAUUCAAAAAAUUAAAAAUGCUUUGAACCAGCAGCCGGUCAUUAAAAAUGGAGAAUUAAGAGAAAUCAAACAAAAAAGAGCCAAAAAAGAAAUCACUGGUAAAUUGGAUGAGUUAAUUCGUCAAGCCCAGACCGCCAUUGCCAAAAAUGAUUUAAUAACUUUAGAGAAAUUACUCAACCAAAUUGAAACCUAUCAGAGCGACUCUGCCUAUGAGGAGAGAAAAACUGAUAUUGAAAGAUUAUUCCAACAAUUAGCCAGUGUCAGUUUGCCGAAAUAUCGUGAAUUGACUAUCAAUUCGCUGGAUGAAUUUUUACGUCAGGACCCACCUCUGUCGUUGGACGAACUAGAGAAAGCGAACCAAAAUUUUGCCGAACAAAUCAAAAAUGCGAGUAGCGCGGAGGAAAUUAAAAAUAUUAAAAAUUCGGUCUCUAAUAAUAUCAACCAAGGACGAAGCAAUAAAAUAGUUGUUAACCUCAUUAACCAAGCCAAACAGGCUCGGACUGAAGAGGAAAAAUCAGCCGUUCGGCAAAAAAUUUCCGAAUUGGAAAAUAGUGGCAACAAAACCAAACAACCAUUUACCAUUAAUUAUUUUUCUAGUAGUGGUGAUUGGUGGAAUAGCGAUUAUUGCUGGCUGACUGCUUAUUAG